CACCUUCUCUAACCUUGGCUUUUUGCCCGUUUAGAGAGCACCCGGUGUGUGCUGCGCUAACUUUUCCUUUUAAAUCGGUCACCAUGCUGUUUCAUCUGUGAAAGUCCGAGGAUGGUGUUCUCCGCCCCUUCGUAACUUUAAAACAUGGAGACAAAAUAAUUUACCUGAUAACAAGAUGCGUAUCCCCGUUUGUAUAAACAUUUUGCUGGCCUGAGGUUGUUUCCUCUCUCGGCGUCCGGAGGAUCUGUAAGUUUUCAGGAUAUAAAGGGAACAGUGUGUCCUGGACCAUGCGGGAUGCUGCAAGGCGCGCUUCUCUGCCAUCCAGGAGCUACGUGGUCAAGAGGGUAAUGCCUUGAAAUACACUUCAUCAAGACCAGUGUGAAACCAUACAAUAACUGGUUAAUGAUCAUACUGUACCACCACGCAAAAGACUCAAAAGACGCCACAUUCAAGCAUGAGAAACAAAUAUGCAAUCCUCAUCAUUUGCAUUGUGGUGCUGGUCAUCAUCGAAAAAGAAAACAGCAUUAUUUCGAGGGUCUCCGAUAAGCUGACACUCAGACAGACGCCGCAAACCCCUCAGACCAUGGCAGAGUUCACAGUGUCUGCUCCCAUUGUCCUGGAGGACAAUGGCUCUGUCUCUCCCACACUCCCAUAUCCUGACAUAGCGGCGGUGGCCAGCCCGCCCGACGACCGAGGUGUGUUGAUGAACACCACCCAGGGAGGGGGGACCAGUAGCACCAGCACCAGCACCAGCACCACCAGCAGCGGCAACGGGACUGUGGGGGUCGCCACUGCCGCCGCGGGGGGUCGCAAGCACAUCCUGCUGGUGGCCAGCACCAGGACGGGCUCCUCGUUUGUGGGCGAGCUCUUCAACCAGCAGGGCGCCACCAUGUUCUACCUCUUCGAGCCGCUGUGGCACGUGGAGCGGCAGCUGACCCUGGACACGGGGGUCAUCAACGCCUCGGCCGCCUCCUGGAGCUACCGCGACGUGCUCCGCCAGCUCUUCCUCUGCGACUUCCGCAUGCUGGAGAGCUUCAUCAACCCGCCGCCGCUCGAGCACGUCACCGCGGCGCUGUUCCGGCGCGAGUCCAGCAUGGCGCUGUGCGAGGAGGAGGUCUGCUCACCGGUGGUCAAGGAGGUGUUCGAGAGGUACCGCUGCCGCACGCGCCGCUGCGGGCCCCUGAACCUCACGCUGGCCGCCGCGGCCUGCCGGGCCAAGCAGCACGUGACCAUUAAGACGGUGCGCGUGAGGCAGCUGGAGACCAUGCGGCCGCUGACGGAGGACCCACGGCUGGACACGCGGUUCAUCCAGCUGGUGCGAGACCCGCGCGCCAUCCUGGCCUCGCGCAUGGUGGCCUUCUCCUCCAAGUACCAGACCUGGAAGACGUGGGGGGAGGUGAACGGCGGCGAGGUGCCCAUCGAGGACGAGGAGGUCAAGAAGCUCCAGGGCAACUGCAACCAGAUCAAGACGUCCGCCGAGUUGGGCCUGUCGGGGCCCGAGUGGCUGCGCGGACGCUACAUGCUGGUGCGCUACGAGGACAUCGCGCGCUACCCCAUGCAGAAGGCCGCGCAGAUGUUCGCCUUCACGGGGAUCCCUUUCACCCCACAGGCCAGGGAGUGGAUCCUCCAGAACACACACGCCACGGCAGAGGAGGUCCAUGGCGUGUACUCCACCCAGAAGAACUCUUCAGAGCAGGUGGAGAAGUGGCGCUUCAGCAUCCCGUUCAAGCUAGCUCAGGUGGUGCAGCAGGUGUGCGGGCCCACCAUGCAGCUGUUCGGGUACAAGUUUGUGAACAGCGAGCAGACGCUACUGAAUAAAUCUGUCAGCUUGCUGGAAGAAAGGGAAUUUAACGUAUCCUAGGGUCAAAGGUUCCUUUGCUUUGGAUGCUAUUUGUGUGUGUGUGUGUGUGUGUGUGUGUGUGUGUGUGUGUGUGUGUGUGUGUGUGUGUGUGUGUGUGUGUGUGUGUGUGUGUGUGUGUGUACUGUAUGUCUAUACAGUGUGUCUUUAAAGUGCUGGCAGUUGUCUGGCAUAUGAACUAUGCAUUGGUGCGCAUUGUUGUUUUGGGUUUACAUCAGGGGAACCAAAGGCCUUUGACAUCUUGUGAAUAUUAUGCCAUUUCAUCUUCAGAAGUGAGAUGAUUGAAAAGGGAAACAUUCUACUGGGCUG